GCCCGCUCUUUCCGUAAGACGCUUAAAAAGGGUUGUCCUUCAUAUGCCGCUUGACCUCUCCUUAUUCCUUUUCAGAUACUUUUCAUCACCAUGGUGUCGAACGAUAGCAAGAUGAAUAUUGAGGUUUUUACAGAUUUUGACGGCACAUUAUCAAUGGAAGACACUGGCGUCUUAUUGAUUGAUGAUCCUCGCUGUAUGGGUACUGAAAAGAGGAAACAUCUCGAGGAGAAGAUUUUAAAUCACGAAAUAGCCUACAGAGAUGCUGUUUACGAGAUGUGGGAUAACGUUACGUUAACUUGGGAAGAAGCUUGGGAUGAAUACUUGAACAAAUGUAGAGUGGAUCCUGGAUUCCCUGGAUUCUAUGAAUAUUGUAAGAAGAAAGGUUUCCCCAUUACAGUUGUUAGUAGUGGUAUGAGGCCUGUUAUUCAUAAAGUACUUGUUAAGUAUAUGGGUAAAGACGCUGAUGACAUCGAGAUCGUUGCGAACAAUGGUAAAAUCGAGGGUAGAAAAUGGGAAAUUCUGUACAUUGAUGAUACACCCUAUGGCAAUGAUAAGUCCAAGACUUUAGAGAGAGCUCGUGAAAAGGCACCCAAGAACACCAUUUUCGUUUUCUGCGGUGACGGUGUCUCUGAUAUUUCAGCUGCUAGAAAUGCUGAUGUUUUAUUUGCUCGAAACGGUAGAGAUCUUGUAACUUACUGUAAUCGUCAUGAUAUCCCUUACAUUGGUUUUGAUACUUUCGAAGAAAUUGAAAAGGUGGUUGCAGACUUGGCUGAGGGACGAGUUAAAUUAGAGAGAGACCAAGAGACUGGUUUCUGUAAAGUAAUCUCUGUUACUAAAUGACUUGGAAAGACCUGAGGCGUGGACAUAUGAACCCACUCCGCCGUUCGUAAUUUUCGUCCUUUUUUUUUUUUU